GCCAUUCCAUGCUGGCAAUUGCAUUUGACGUGUGUUACCGCUGCAGUGGGAGGGCUCGUCUCCAUCUCUUAAUUUCACCCAUCAAACGCGCUUCCACUCUUCACGCCCUGAUCCGUGCCUUGGAAAGGUGUCCGAUUUCGAUCACGAAGCCUUCUCGGUUCGUAUAAACCACGUCGGCCACUACACAUCCGUCAGUACUUCAGCGACCUUUGAUCUAUCCCGAUGUCUCGACGGGCUCCCGCCGAUAGAGCUGCCCAGAAUGCACAAACCCUCAAGGCGCUGGUGAAACUUGAAGGCAACAAGGUCUGCGCAGAUUGCAAGAGAAACAAACAUCCAAGAUGGGCGAGCUGGAACCUUGGAGUCUUCGUCUGCAUUCGGUGUUCAGGCAUUCAUCGAGGUAUGGGCACUCACAUCAGUCGAGUCAAGUCAGUCGACCUUGAUGCCUGGACCGAUGAACAACUGCAGAACAUCCUGAAAUGGGGCAAUUCAAGAGCAAACAAAUACUGGGAGGCAAAAUUGGCACCUGGCCACAUGCCGUCAGAAGCGAAGAUUGAGAACUUCAUCCGCACAAAAUAUGAGUCGAAGAGAUGGGUCAUGGAUGGUCCAAUGCCCGAUCCUUCCACGUUGGAUGACGGAGAGGACGAUAUGCCGCUGAACAUUGUGCAAGAGAAGGCCAAGAUGGAGAGGUCAGCCUCGCAGCGGCAAGCGCCCAUUCCACCAGCACCACAGCCCCGUCCAGCUGCCAAUGUCAACCUGUUCGACGACUUCGCACCUGCUCCUCCUGUCAGGCCGAGCACGGCAGAUAUUAUGGAAACAAGGCCAACGAGGACGGCUCCGCCAGCACCGGCACCGGCACAGGCUGCGAAACCUGCUUCCAAACCACAAGAUUCUCUGCUGGGCUUGGAUUUCUUUGGAAGCACAUCAUCUGCUGGUAUCGGAAGACCCUCAAGUGCAGCGGCCAAUUCCACACAAUCUAGCAACAGCAGAGGAGACCUUAAGAGUUCAAUUCUAUCAUUGUAUGCUAGUGCACCGAAGCCUCAACCCGCUCCUCAACCCCAGCACGACCGGCAGCCAUCUUUUGGGGGAAUGACUUCACCGCCACUUGCGAAGCAGGAUGCAUUUGGCGGUCUGACGGACGCCUUUUCAGGAUUGGACUUUUCUAGCACAAGUACGACAAAGCCCUCCCCACCACAACCAUCUUCCGCUUUCUCGGCUUUUGGCAACCUCACCAGCUCCGUACAGCCAAAAGCUGCACCAUCAGCUCCUCAGGUGACUUCCCCACCGCCAUUGAGUGGUGGAGGCUUCUUUGAUACCUUGCCGUCCAAAGUACCCGCGGUACAACCUACAGUCACUUCACCCUCGACGUCUGGAGGACUGGAUUUCUCUUUCACCCAAAAAGCAGCAGCUCCUCAACCUGCGGCGGCCCCCAAGCCUGCUGCCACUUCUCUUGCGGCCGAUUUGUUUGCAGCCGAUGAUUUCGGAGGAUUUGCAAGCUCUACGCCGGUUUCGCCACCAAGACCAGCUCCGCCUAUGGUUUCCUCGCCUCCAGUGAGUACAACCAACAUCAGCUCUCCGUUCAACUUGUCAUCGCCCACAGUAUCCGCGCCGAAGCCAGCACCGCAACAAGCAUCUCAGGCGUUCAAGUCUUCAGCGAUGCCACAAAAUAAUGCAGCACUGUUUGAUCCUUGGGGUUCUUCAAAUGACAGCAGUCUUUGGGGAGCGCCAGAUCCAGCCCCCCCGCAGCCUGGACAAGCAAAGGUCGAGCUAGGAAAACCUCCAGCGCAUAUCACGGCCAACGAUAUCCACGGCGGAUGGGCAGAGCCAAUGUCAUCGAGCAACAGGCCUACACAGCAGCCGACAGUGACGGCAGAUGAAGAUUUUGGGGGCUGGACAUCUGCUUCUACGACCCAGACACCAGUUGGCGGUGCUCCCAAGCCCAGUGGAGGUGGAUUUGGAGGAGCAUCUGACCCAUUUGAUAACCCGUGGGGUUAGGGUACGAGAUUGCGAAGACGAAAAGAUAACGACAGCUGGAAUCGGAUGAGAUGAAGCAUCUACAUAGCAUAAGCAUUGAUCAAUAGAGCAACAGCCAACAACAGUCUUAGGCGUAUGCAAAAGCCUGGUUUAUGCAAGGAUGAAUUAAUAAGAGCAGCC